UACUGUGUGCGUUUUUGUUUUGAUUAUAGUCGUAAUUGUCUACUAGGCAGUACUGGGGAGAUAUUAAUCCAUGCGACGCGACAAGCCCCGCUAGUAUUCUCAUCACACGCGGUGAUUAUGAGACCAGAGACGAGAAUUGUCGUCGGUGGUGUUUAUUGCCGCAUUAUUAUUCUUUGAUGAUAAAAAGAGAAACUGUUAGUUGGGGAAUUGAAUUAGAAUGAAUGAAAUAAUGAAAAGAGACAUUGAACUUGUUCAAUCUUUGAAGAAGUCUAAAAAGGAUGGUUCUUUGGAUAAACUGGAUGAUCCAGCAAUAGAGACGUAUAAGUGGCGUAAUACUGUUGAAUAUCAGACAUUGGAGCAUUGGUUAACAUGUGACAAUGAAGAACUUCGACUCCAUACUUUUGAACUGCUUACGAUAUCUAAGAAAAGUACAUUGCUCUUUACAGCAGCAGAACUGAAUUUAAUUUUUAUUUUUUUGAGAUGUAAUAUGAAAGAGAAAAUUGAAUUUGUUCCUUUGGCAAAAAAGGUUCUUAAAAGACUAGAGGAUAGUUAUGUAGUUCUUAAACGCCAAUUAAAUAAUGAGAAAAAAGUCAAGGAAUUGCAAAAACAACACCCAAACAUUCAUAUAAAUGUUAAAAAACUGUCCAAUGUACAAAAUGGAAUAGAGUAUUACAAGAAAUUUGUCAGUUCUUUACACGAAUUGUGCUUUAUGAAUUUGUAUCCUAGUGCUGUCAAUGCUCGUAGAAAGUCUAGUCUGCAAAUACUGUGUUUGAUGGAUGAAUAUUUAUGUGAAGAUUUGAAAGGUUCAUUGUGGGAACUCAGCCAGUUUGAAAUAUUAUUUGAUUGCUUACUUCAAGAUACCUAUGAGACUAAUAAAAAUAUGGCAUUUCAAUUGAUCAAGUCUAGUAAACUUGUUGAAACAUUCUUUGAUACUAAGGAAAAACUAUUAGAACUUAUACAUGUUGCUAUAGAACUGGGCAAUAGUAUUAGACCUCUAGGUAGUAUUACUGCAGCUUAUAUGUUGAAAAUAAGUAUGUUGCUGCCAGACAUACAAAAAGUUCUAGUUGAACUAACUGAAUUUGAGAAAACUGAAAAUGCACAAGAGAAAACUACUUUUUACAUGAUUUUAUUGUUGAAGAUGAAUUUGGAGAAAUCAGUAAAAAUAGCUAUUGAAGAUAUAGUGCUUGCUUCAACUGGUUAUUCUUUAUAUGGAUAUGUAUAUUGUAUUCACAGUAUUUUGUCCGCCAUUGACCUAAAAUCUAUUGUGAAUGAUGUAUGUUGGAGGGAUCUUCUAUUAGAAAUUGUAAAUAUGUGUUUUAAGCUAAACACUGCAGUCUCUCAAAUUGUAAAUAGCUCAUCACCAGAGGGACACUUACCAAUGGAUUCAGAUCCAGACUCAACUAGAAUUGAAUUGUGCAACUUUGUCAUUGUUACCCCACAAAUGGUUUUAUUAUGUUCUUGGAGGACAGUAAAAGAGAUUAGUUUAUUUUUCGGAUAUUUGACAUUCAAUGCACCUAUAUUCAAUGAAAGUACUAAGAGUGGUUUAUUAGCCGAAAAGCAGUUUAAAGAAAUCGGAAAUCAACUUGUUACUCUGCUCUGUGAAACAAAGCAUCGAGGAGCAUUUGAACAAGCUCAUGUUGGUUUCAGUCAACUGUGUAGUAGGUUAUGGCACUUGAAAGAAAAUGAAGCUACUUUGAAAAAGUUACCAAAAACUUGGUUACAGCAGUUAUUAUUGGCUGUUGUUGGAUUGGCACCGCGAAAUUCAAAGUUAUGUGCUACCAGAAGGAGUGCUGGCAUACCUUUCAUGGUGCAGGCUCUCGUAACAUCGGAGAUAAAAAAAAAAAUGGAUACGAAAAAAUUGAUUUUCCACUCGGUUAUGAGAAUUUUAUUGCAAUUAGUGAACAUUGAAGAUGACUUCAAUCUGAAAAAAGCAGAAGAUAUUCUAUUUAACGAAAGUGUAUUCGAUGAUUUUGAGAAAGCGCAGUCUCUCGACGAUUUGAGUAAAGCUGAAAACAAUUCCGUCAAAUUAAACGAAAACACAGAGAUUAAAACUCACGCAUUAAAUAUUUUAAGAGCUCUAUAUAGACAUUGUUUAUUAGGGGAUUUAGUGAAGGAAUAUAUUGCUGAUGGGUUCAUUGCGGCUUUUAAAAGCUACGACGGUCAAUCGUGGGCUGAAAGAAACUCAGCAACUCUUUUAUUUAGUGCACUCGUUACUCGAGUAUUCGGCGUUCAAAGAACGAAGGAUCAUGUUAAUUUGACGUUGCAUAAUCGUAUGACUGGAAAAAUUUUUUUUGAGAAGUUUCCUAGUUUACUGUCGUUUUUAUUAAAUGAAUUGUCAACUUUCGUUUGUGAAAAUGAGGACCAAAUUAAACCUAAAAUUCAGUGCAUUCUUUUGAUACUAACUCGACUUUAUCCUGGCGUUGCUUCCAAUACUGCUGAAGAGGAUUGGAAGAUUGAUCAGUUUAUAGAUUUAGUUUCCUUGUGCGGAAAAAGUAGGGUAUAUCAAACGCGGGAACUGGCUGCAAGAGCUUUGGUGCCAUUAAUAACGGAACAAAAUAUAUUACCUGUAUCUAAUAAUAUUUUGAAGCUAAUAAUCACUUAUAGAAUACCUAUCAAUCUAUUGCACGGAUAUUUACUUCAGCUUCUUGAGUUGAUUAAAAGCCCACACUUUUUGGCGAUUAAAUUGCCAGAAGAAGAUCUGAAUUCUUUUUUCAAAGACUUUGUCUUGAAAGUUUUGCAUUCUCAAGAGUUUUGUAUUACCAAUGACAGUCCAGCGACUUACCUCAUAGCAACUAAUAUACUUGAAAUUUGCUUGGAAUUGAUGAAUAUGAAUGCUUAUAAUGAUGUCAUGCACAAAGAACCAUUCUCAGAAGUCAUGGAAAAGCUAUUAUCACAUGUAACGAACAAUAUAAUACUAGAUAAAAUGCCUGGAAUCGAGAUUUAUGAAUCCACAGCAACGCAAGUCAUUAUCACCGCAAUCAACAGCGAACAUUACACUGGACCGUUGUUAAACAGCGAAUACGCAAAUACACAGUUUUGGGAACGAGUGUUAAAUCACAAAAACCCAAAAGUUUUAACGAUCGUUUGGUUGAAUCUUAUGAAUUUCAUUCGUAAAACCAACUGUCUCUCGUUAUUCGAACUUGGCUAUAUGACGUCGAUUAAAGUCCUCGACGAGCCUUGUGAAGACCCUGAUUUACAAGAUUCGAUAUAUAGCUUUAUUUUCUCGGCAAUCGAAGAGAUCGAGAAAGAAUCGACGUUCGUUCAAUGUAACUUUUCGAAGAAUGAAGAACAAGUGACUGCUGUAAACAUGUGCGUGCAUAUAUUUAAUACGCUCAGUCAUCAGAUGAAUACCAAUGAAUUUUAUCCGAAAGGCGAGUUUUUCAAGUUGAUUGGUAAAACUUAUGGAUUUUUGGUGAGAAACGCAUCGAAUAGCGAAGUGCAGAAAGAUUCGAAGUCUACACUUUAUGAAGCGAUUCUCAAGUAUUCGGAUAUGAAAGCGAAUAUUGAUUGUAGGCUUGGCAUUUCGGAAAUACUUUUUGAAUUAUAUGUCGAUCAUUCCCUGAAGGAUGAUAUUCAUUUUAUGCUGAAUUGGUGGACGACGUUGUUUCAACUUCUCUACGAUGACAAUGGUGAGGUGCGUUUGAAUGCCAUGCUGAUAGUCGGCAAACUGUUGCCGGAAACGAGUCUCUACUGCGACACCGUUGUCACGAACACGUUCUACGCGAAAUUCGUAUCGAUUAUGAGGGAAGAGAAUAUGGAGGCGAUACUGGCGACUUUCUUUUGUUGGAGUAUGACUUCAGCAUCUAUUGAUCUCGAGGAAAUGGACGAAACUAAUGCGUUCAACCACAGCGUCAACUACGAAUGUUUCGAACCACUCCAAAUCACAAAGAUCUGUGCACUCCAUUUACAAAUCUUAGUAGCAAAGUACAAUGUCACAUCUACAGCAAUAUCAAAACCCGUGAAAGAGUGGUUGCGACAACGUCUAAGAAUUGCGAAUUCGAAAGAAUUUGAUUCGUUUACCGAGUUGAUAGAAAAAUAUAAGAGUAUCAUACCAGAAACGGGCAAACAACUGAAUCGUAUACUGGAACCAACGUACUCGGCGAAACUCAUUCGUGAAAUCGCCUACAUGCAAAUCAAAAGCACUGUGAUAAGUGGCCCAACCAACUAGACUGCACGAUCUUCCAACAAAGUUUUGUCUCUUUUUUUUUGCGCGCGCUUUACUCUUGUUAGUUUUAUUCUUUUUAUAUAUAAUGUUUUAUUCUUUCUUCGGCUCCUUUUUCUACGAUAAUGUAAUUUUGUAUAUAUACAAGUGGUUUAGAGAUGAGUUCGAGUGGCAUGUAUAAC